AUGAAUCAAGGAGCACAACUAAAUGCUAAAAAUAGUUAUGAAAUUUUAGAGUGGAUACCUUAUAAUAAAUUGUCAAAUAUUAAUUACCAUGAUAAAGGAGGAUUUAGUGAAAUUCAUAAAGCUAUCUGGUCAGAUGGGCCUAUUUAUAGUUGGAAUAUUGACAAAGAACAAUGGGAUAGACAAACAGAUUAUGAGGUCAUUCUUAAAACACUUAAUAAUUCAUCAAGUUUAAAUAGCAAAUUUCUGGAUGAGUGGAAAUAUCAUUAUAAUUGUCUGAAAAAGUCAUUUUCAAAAUUUAUUCAAUUUUUUGGAUUUACCCAAGAUCCAUAUAAUUUAAAUUAUAUAAUAAUAAUGAGUUAUGCAAAAAAAGGAAAUGUGAGAAAAUGUUUGCCUAAUAUAGUUAAAUUUAAGUGGCAAGAAAGGCUACAAUUAUUGGAAAAAAUUAUAUUAGGGCUUAAAGUAAUCCAUGAAUCAAAUUUAACUCAUGGUGAUUUUCAUGAUGGUAAUAUUUUAAUGUCAGAUAAUUACAAUGAGUUAUUAAUAAUUGAUUUAGGAUUAUGUAAACCUAUGAGUGAUUUACAAGAUUCUGAUAAUAAAGUUAAUGAAAUUUAUGGAGCUUUAUCUUAUAUGGCGCCUGAAAUAUUAAGAAGAAAUCCCUAUACUCAAGCAAGUGAUAUUUAUAGUUUUUCAAUGUUAAUGUGGGAAUUUACAUCAGGUAUUCCUCCACUUAAUAAUAAAGCACAUGAUCUUGAUCUUAUCUUGGAUAUUUGUAAUCAAGAAAAACGUCCUGAAAUUAUAAAAAAUAUUCCAAAAUGUUAUAUAGAUUUAAUGAAAAAAUGUUGGGAUGUAAAUCCUUCAAAUAGACCAACCGUAGUGAUGCUUGAAAAUAUUCUAUCUGGAUGGGUUAAAUGUACUAAUGCAUAUUAUAAGUUUAACAGGGAUGGUGAUUAUAAAUUUGAAGUACCUGAUAUUGAUAAUCAAUUAAAAAAUGAUAUGUUUGAAUUUGUAGAAGCAAACAAAGCAUUAGGACGAGGAUAAAUAAGCACUUCUGAUAUAUACAUCAUCCACAAGCAUAUUAUACAAGUCGC